AUGGAUUCUUCUCUUUCUCUCCCUUCUUCCCAUUCUGAAGAUCAAAUGACAAACUAUGUUCACGCAGGCGUUUCCCCAGAUCCGCUCACAGGGGCCAUUUCCAAGCCAAUAUACCAAUCUACAACCUAUGUGCAAGAGAGCGUUGAGCAGUACCUGCAAAAGGGAUAUUCCUACUCUCGACAGGGAAACCCGACAGUUCGAGCCCUCGAACAGAGAAUGAAAACUGUUGAAAGAGGGGCGGAUGCCGCUUGUUUCAGCUCCGGCAUGGCUGCCACUAUAACGGUGCUAACGGCGUACCUCAGUGCAGGCGACCACUGCAUAAUGCCUAUUUGUUUGUACGGUGGCACUUUCCGAGCUGCAAAUGAAUACGUAAGCCGGUUUGGGGUGGAAUUCGACUUUGUUGAUUUCAGAGACCCAAGCCAAGUGGAGAAGGCAUUUAAAGACAACACGAAGAUGGUCCUUGCCGAGACUCCUGCUAACCCCACACUGCACCUGACGGACUUGGAAGCGAUUGACAUGAUAAUCGCUAAGAAGGAACUUGAGCGGCUCAGAAACAAACAGAAGACUGAAAACGCUACACCGUCAACAGAUGCUGCUCCUGUUUCGGAUGAUGAACUGCUCAAGACCAUUUCGGGGGGAAACAGAGAAAAAGAACGAUCGAUUUUGUUUGUCGUAGACUCAACUUUCGCCACCCCUCAUGUGUUGCAUCCUUUUGAAUACGGAGCAGACAUUAUUUUGCACUCCACCACCAAGUACUUCGAUGGGCACAACAUCACAACUGGAGGCGCUGCUAUCAGUCGCUUUCUCAAGUACCAUGACAAAAUCGCCUACACAAGGAACAUCUGCGGCAGCAUCAUGGACCCACAAACUGCUUUCUACACAUUGAACUCCAGUAUGACGCUUCCUCUACGUGUACAACGACAAAGCGACACUGCCAAAAUAAUUGCCCAGUUUCUUGAAAAACAUCCAAAAGUUGAGCGCGUACUCUACCCAGGUCUUGACAGCCAUCCUCAGAGGGAGCUUGCAAAGAAAUAUCACCGAAAUGAUGUCAACGGUGCAGUAGUUGGCUUUGACGUCAAGGGAGGCAUCGAAGCCGGCAAGAGACUGAUGAACACCAUUGGCAAGCCAUUUUCUCUCUGCGAGAAUCUAGGGUCGGCGCAGUCGCUUAUCACGUGCCCCGCUGUCUUUACUCAUGCCCAGCUCACAGAGAAGCAGCGUCUGGCCAUUGGCGUCACGGACGGUUAUAUUCGUCUUUCUGUUGGCCUUGAGAGCCCUCAGGACCUUCUUGAGGCCCUUGACAAAGCUCUGACGGACCUGUUGUAG